AUGAUUAAGUUGGUAAAACUAGAACUGAUGAUUCGUCAACAUUACUUACAACAGCAACGUUUGAACAAUAACCACGAUCGUUUAUUACAACGAUUUCAAGGUAUUCUCACGCCGCAUAUAACAGAGUUUCGAGCAUUUGGAAGAAGUCUCUUACCGGGUCGAAAUUAUGAACGAUAUAUUAGUAACAUGAAUGGAAAUAAUCGACGUCGCGACUCGUUAGUUGCACAAUCUCGAGCCAGUAUUGGCAGUUCAAGUGAGACAUAUCGAUUUAUGGGCGAGGAGAUCAAUGAAAAUUUACCACGAGAUAUCAAAUCGAUCAUGCAGCAUACACGAGAGCAACCGUCGCCAUUGGUACUUGCAGAGAAGAAGUUCGAACCAGUUGCAUUUUACGAGCAUCCUGUGUUUGGACGAACACCUUCCUAUGUUCGACCUGUGUCUAGUCGAGAUGAACAUGAAAAAGGAACGCGUACGGAUGAUAACGAGAGUGACACCGAUGAUGACGCACCCUCGAGUGCAUCAAGAGCGGUCACUCCGAAAAUUGAUCAAAGCGAUGGUAGACGCAGUACAACGUCUGCCGCGAGCAAUGGCAAUGACGAUGAUGAUGAUGAUGAUGACGAACAUUCCGAUCAUGCACCAUUGGGAUACAUAUCGUAUAAAAAAUGGAAGAGUAAAUACGCUAAUAUUAUACCUGUGAAUCCCCUUCUUUACAACAUCUACACUCAUCGUUCAAAUGGAUCACUUGAUAGCUACGGGCAUUCAUUGUAUACACCACGCAAUCAGAUUCGUGCAUUAACACGCGACGAAGAUAGUUCAACACCAACCAUAUCCGACAUUGGUUCGACGGCAUCGGAUGCACCUCACGAACCGUCGACAUCAACAAAUCGACAAUAUCAAAGAUUUCAACCGCAAUUAUUUCCUCGAACUACUCCAGUUCGACCACGUGAAUCAAGUCCUGCAGAAAGCGACGAUGAAGACUCAGAUUCUGAUUCAAAUGCAUCUAUUUCACCAGUUCCAAACUUAAUGCAAAACAAGACGAGUCCUGUUGUAUCAACACGUUUGCCAACAACGAGUCUCCCUAUCACGCCUUCAUCCAGUACAACUCCUUCAUUACCCGUGCCAUUGACAAUGAACACAUCAGAUAGUAAUACAAUAGGAAUAUCUUCAACGCCAUUAAUCUCACCAAGUGCAUCAAAUAUUCCACCACCACCACCAUUGCCACCAUCAUUCUUAUCGUCUUCAACCAACAAUACUAAUCAAACACCGUCAAGAAUCCCUCCAGCACCAUCAAUACCAUCCUCCGUGCUCUCAGGUUCAACUAACAAUACAUAUCAAACGACUUCAACAAUACCUCCUGCACCGCCUCUGCCGCCGAAUUUAUUAGCGUCUACAAGCACCAAUACAUACCAGAGGCCUUUUAAUAAUCCUCCUCCAGUACCCUUAUCCACAACGAGCUCAGCUGGUAUCUAUCAAACUACUUCAAACGCAUCGUUACCUCCGGCACCAGCUAAAGCAGUCACCUUCGGCGGUUCAUCGUCAUUUCCUCUCUCAAACAACGAUAUAUCCAGUAGUAGCGAUAGUGAUGAUGACGAGAAAGAGAAACGACGUCGACGAAGGAAAAGGCAAGCUUCCGCUGGUCAACCAGUUGAUUCGUCAUCGGAUGAUUAA